UCCAUCUUGCUUGCGUAACAAGGUAGGCGGGAUCCUCUGGUCCGGGCGUCUUAGCUCUCCCCAACGAUUCAUCCGUGAGAAAACUAAUGACUGCGAACUUAGGUGAUCGAGAUAAGAAAAUGGCAGCCGAGGAGGUAGGAGACAUCGUAUCGCUUCUCUCCACCGACGAGAGGAACUUCCUCAUCCGGAAUAAUGGCGAUAAGGUGGCUAUUGGUAGUCUUGAAGGGAAAAUGAUUGCUCUUUACUUCUCAAUCUCAUGGAGUCCACGGUGCAAACGCUUCACUCUGAGGCUGAUUGAAGUGUAUAAUGAGCUCACCUCCCGGGAUAAUAACUUUGAAAUUAUUUUUCUACCUUAUGAUUGUUGUAAAUCUUGUAAUAGUUGUGAAAAGUCCUUUAUUGAGUACUUCUCCAAAAUCCCAUGGUUUACAGUCCCAUUUUCUGAUGAUAAGAUAAAGAAAAAACUUCAUGAGCUUUUCCAGGUCAGCAGACGUCCCACCCUUGUCAUCCUUGAUACCGAUGGGAAGGUUCUUAAUAGAGAAGGUGUUCAAGCUAUAAGAGGAUAUGGUACAGAGGCCUAUCCAUUUACUGUCGAAAAGAUCAGUAAAUUGAGAGAGGAAGUGGAGAAUGCUAAGAAGGAUCAAACUCUUCGAAGUAUCUUAGUUUCAUCUUCCCGUGACUACUUGAUCACAAAUGAUAGAUCUAAGGUUUCUGUUUCAAGUCUCCAAGGAAAAAUAGUGGCUUUGUACUUCUCAUGCAAUAGGGAUUGUUGCAGUGAGUUCUCUCCAAUACUUGCACAAAUCUAUAAGAAGCUCAAGGAAAUUGGAGAGGGCUUUGAGGUUGUGCUAGUGUCCUUGGAAGACGACGAAUCCUAUUACGAUGAAGCCAUAGAAAACAUGCCCUGGCUUGCAUUUCCUUUCAAUGACAAAAGCUGCGAUAAGCUUUUUGGCUAUUUUGGGCUCCAGGAAUAUAAGUGCUCUACUGUCAUCUUGAUUGGAUCUGAUGGGAAAACUAUGAAUGUAGAUUUAAUUGAACUUAUUAAAGAGUAUGAAUUUGAGGCAUGGGAAGCAUUCCCGUUUUCUCAGGAGAAGUUGUACGAGUUGUCAGAAAAAGUAAAGGCCAGACUUGAGUCACAUACACUCGAGUCGCUUCUUGUUUCGGAUGAUCUUGAUUAUGUCAUUGGAAAAAAUGGAUUGAAGGUUCCAGUAAAAGAGCUUGUUGGAAAGACCAUCCUCCUGCAAUUCUCAGCUCGUUGGGGGCGUGCUUUCCUCACUAAAGUGAUCAAAGAGUAUCACAAGAUCAAGAAUGUCGAUACUGAUUUUGAGGUUAUCUACAUUCCCAGCGAAGAUUAUGAGAGUUUAUUUGAUGAAUGCUUCUCACUCAUACCAUGGUUGGCACUACCUUUAUAUGAUGAGAGGGUUGAAUUUUUGAACCGUAGAUUCAAAAUCCACGGCAUACCUUCCCUGGUUGCAAUAGGUCCUACAGGUGGAACAAUUAACAAAGAUGUCGAGAAAUUAUUGAUGACACAUGGAGCUGAUGCUUACCCAUUCACCGAGGAGAAACUCAAGGAGUUGGAGCAUCAAAAUAAGGAAAUGCCAGAGAGGUGGCCUAAGAAGAUAGCGUAUCACAUCCAUAAGCAUGAGCUUCUCCUUAUCCGUUGUUGCUCGGAUUAUCGCUGUGGUGUUUGUGAGGAGAGCGGAGAUAGUUGGUCCUACUGUUGCAUAAAAUGCGAUUUCGACCUACACCCAAAAUGUGCACUAUGGUGAAGUGACAAACGAAGUAAUUCAGAUCCUUUGUCCCCAUUUCUCUCUGUCCUCGUGUUCUACUGUCGAUCGGACGGAUCAGAUUAUAUCUCAAUGCAUUAUGAUAUUUUUAAGAUGUGUGCAGUAUUCUCGUGAUGUGCAAGAUAUCCUUGAGAUGUAAUCUGACCCGUCC